CCUGCUCUUGCGGGCGGGAAGGCGGCAGAUAGGCAUUUGGGAAGGACUGGGGCCAGCUACAAUUCUCUCGGCGGUCUCCUUUCCCCCGUGGAAUUUGAAAUGCUUUACCUCAUCGGCUUGGGCCUGGGAGAUGCCAAGGACAUCACAGUCAAAGGCCUGGAAGUUGUAAGAUGCUGCAAUCGAGUGUAUCUGGAAGCCUACACCUCAGUCUUGACUGUAGGCAAGGAAGCCUUGGAAGAGUUUUACGGAAGAAAGUUGAUCCUUGCUGAUAGAGAAGAAGUGGAACAAGAAGCAGACAAUAUUUUAAAGGAUGCUGAUACCAGUGAUGUUGCCUUCCUUGUAGUUGGUGAUCCAUUUGGGGCCACAACACACAGUGAUCUUGUUCUGAGGGCAACAAAGCUGGGAAUCCCUUACCGUGUCAUUCACAAUGCCUCCAUAAUGAAUGCCGUAGGCUGCUGUGGUUUACAGUUAUAUAGGUUUGGAGAGACGGUUUCUAUCAUUUUUUGGACAGACACUUGGAGACCAGAAAGCUUCAUGGACAAAGUGAAGAAAAACAGACACAGUGGCACGCACACGUUGUGCUUACCGGACAUCAAAGUAAAGGAGCAGUCUCUGGAAAAUCUAAUGAAAGGAAGGAAGAUCUACGAGCCGCCUCGGUACAUGAGUGUAAACCAAGCAGCCCAGCAGCUUCUGGAGAUUGUUCAAAAUCAGAGAGCACGAGGAGAAGAACCAGCAGUUACUGAGGAGAUGCUCUGUGUUGGCUUAGCCAGAGUUGGAGCUGAAGACCAGAAGAUUGUAGCAGGCACUUUACAGCAAAUGUGUACUGUGGACUUGGGAAAGCCAUUGCAUUCCUUGGUUAUCACAGGAGACAGCAUGCAUCCGUUGGAGAUGGAGAUGCUCAGUCUGUUUUCCAUACCAGAAAGUAGCUCAAAGUCCCCAAAGCAUUGAAGGACUCUGAAUAUAGACAUUUUCAAUAAUGUUAUUUUCAGUCCUAG